AUGGCGCCCGACCUGCGCGUCAAAGCGGCGGUGCGACCGCCGCGCCACGGAGGAGGGGCGAGUGAUAGUGAAGAGGGGGUCGACAGCGACGAGGAGCGGUUCGACUCGUCAGCGGAGUCGUCGGGUACCGGCAGCUCCACAUCCAAGCAGCGUCGAUCGGAUGUUUCCGACAGUCUCCAGACAAUCCAGAGCGGUGAGCAGCCAGUGGUGAUAGCUCCGUCACUCGAGAAGAAAGACUUCCGCGUUCGCACUAACAACAAGGUCGUGACGAGAAAUAAGAAGAUUCGAGACUCCGGGUCUACGAAGCCGCUUGUGCCCGAUGGGUGGACUCAUUAUUCGAAGACUUUCGUCUGCACCCACGCAGGGAAGUACAAGCCGCGUGGACAAGGCAAGAGAAAGCGGCAAGAGUCGAGAGCUCUCGAGUGUGACGCGCAGAUCAAUGCCUGCGUACAAGUGACCGACUCGGCUGCAGCAGUUCCCACUUUUGUGCUGCGAAUUACUGUUGCCCGUUUGGAGCAUAACCAUCCGCUCUCCAGACAUACUUUCGACCAUUAUCCACACAGCCGGACAGCUGUUAAGUCUGAGCUGGCCGGGACUGUUAGCGAGCUUGUCAAAGCCGGAGCCAAGAAGAAACGCAUCCUGCAGUUCAUCCACGAGAAUUCUAGCUGCUACCCAACGAGCCAGGACGUACACAAUCUGGUGCGCAAGCUGAAGAAACAGACCCAUACAGCUCAGACAUCUGCAAAACGAUUGAGGCAAUGGAUGACUGAGCUCACGCAAGAGCUAGGGAAUGUUGGAGGCAUUUUUGUCGACUCAAUCCAUGAUAAGGUAUGA